AUGGCGGCACGCCGGGGGCUGCUGGCCGCGGUGCGCGCGGCGGCGGCGGGCGGGCGCCGCGGGGCCUCGGGGGCCGCUCCCGGCCCGGGUCCCGCUGCCGGUGGCGGGGCCGGGCCGGGACGGAGCCGCCUGUACGAGCACGUGCGGGAGGGGCUGAGCGCGCGGCCGCAGCUCGACGUGACCGCGCUCAGCGAGCGCGAGGUGGAGCAGCGGCGCGGGCCGCUGGGGGGCGCCGCGCUCCGGGAGAUCGUGCGGACGUGGUCGCGGCUGGGGAAGGUCCGCGAUGGCAUCGCCCGGCUGGAGGCUGAGAAGGGGCGCGUGGCCGAGGGGGUCCGCGAGAUCAUGGCCUUUCACGACAAGGCGGCGGCCAAGACGCUCCCAGAAUUGGCAGCCCUGCGGGAGCGGGGCCGGAGUCUCCGAGAGCAGCUCCGGGUGCUUGAGGCCGAGGAAUCCGACCUGGAGCAGAAAUUUUACCUGGGGGCCCUGCAGCUGCCCAACAGAACCCACCCUGCUGUGCCCGUUGGGGACCAGAGUCAGGCCCGGCUGCUCGAAGUGGUUGGUGAGAAACCAGUGUUUGAUUUCAAGCCAAAGGGACACCUGGAGCUGGGAGAGGGCCUGGACAUCAUCCGGCAAAGGCGGCUGUCCCAUGUGUCGGGCCAUCGCUCCUAUUACCUGUGCGGGGCUGGGGCCCUACUCCAGCACGCCCUCGUCACCUUCACCUUGCAGAAGCUGCUCAGCAAGGGUUUCCUGCCCAUGACAGUGCCAGACCUGCUGCGAGGAGCCGUUUUUGAGGGCUGUGGGGUCCAGCCCAGCGCUACCCCUUCCCCAGUUUACAACAUCGAUCCUGCGCGCUUUGAGGAUCUGUGCCUGGCCGGGACCUCGGAGGUGGGAAUUGCAGGGUAUUUCAUGGACCACGCAGUGCAGCUGCAGGACCUACCUGUCAGGGUCGUGUGUUCCAGCACUUGCUACCGUGCUGAGACCGACACAGGCCGGGAGCCCUGGGGGCUCUACCGCGUCCACCAGUUCACCAAGGUGGAGAUGUUCGGGGUGACAGCGGCUGAGCGCGGGACAGAGAGCGAGAAGCUGCUGGACGAGUUCCUGGGGCUCCAGAAGGAGAUUUUCUUGGAGCUGGGGCUCCAUUACCGCGUCCUGGACAUGCCCACGGAGGAGUUGGGGCUUCCUGCUUACCGCAAGUUCGACAUCGAGGCCUGGAUGCCCGGACGGGGCAAAUUUGGGGAGAUUUCCAGCGCUUCCAACUGCACUGAUUACCAGAGCCGGCGGCUGAACAUCAUGUACAGCGGGGAAGGGGGCCGGCUGAGCCAUGCCCACACGGUGAACGGCACCGCCUGUGCCGUGCCCCGGGUGCUCAUCGCGCUCCUCGAGUGCAACCAGCUCCCGGACGGCCGUGUCCGGGUGCCCCCUGUGCUGCAGCCGCUGGUGGGGCGGGAGGUGCUGGCCCGGCCCCCUGCCCCCCUCCUGCGCUACAUCGGCCCCAACCAGCCCGGGGGGGGACCCCCAAAAUGA